AUGGCGGGAAACUUUGACGAUUCCUCGUGUAAGUCUUCUGAAGAAUAUGGUGGCGGUAAGCACAAACAUCGUCAUCACAAGCACCGUCCAAAGCCUCCAAGGCCACCACCACGUCCACCGGCAAGACCAAAGUGUGAGCAAGGAUGGUACACAUCGUAUCGGCCGCAGGGGAUAUGGUGUUUGAGGAUCUUUUACAUUGCGAUCAACAUAAUACUCUUCGCCUCCGCUGCUUUGUAUAUUCCAAUUUUCAUAAGCAUUCGAAAGUUGGGAGCCCUACCUUCAAUAAUAGAGUUUAAGCCACAUAAAUAUGUGCUCUAUCAGACAAUGGCAGUUGUUUCGAGUAAAAUUGUAAGGUUCCAUGGUUAUUCUCUUUGA